AUGGUGUCUGCCGUGGUCCUGAUCACGACGGCGGUUUCAAUCAUCUUCUCAAGACUGACCAUACCCACACGUGCAGACUGGCUCGAGGCGGAGCUCCGGCCGACAUUGAUUCAAAUCAUUGCACGCGUCACGCCACUUAUCUUUGUCGGCCCGGAACUCAGUCGCGACCCGGCGUGGCUCGACAUCACGGUGACCUAUUUCGCCAAGUCGAACGCCGCCUUGAAGGAGCAUUGGCUAUGA